CCUGGGAGCGGGAGCGGGAGCUGUUUGUGUGGUGACGCCGGCGCGCCCCGGACGCAGCCCCGAGGACAGGGGAGGAGACGCGGCCCCACCAUCCCCGGCUCAGCAGUUGUCUGCUAUGAGUCAGCUGGAGUUAAAGAGAAACCAGGUCCUGGAAGCCAGGUUUGUGGCAGAUGAAGAUGUUCUGAAGCACAUUUCUGAUAACGGAGGUGUUAAAGUUCGGAAGGACAGAGCUCAACUUGCGCUCAAUGUAAAGAGAUUUGUGAAGAAACUUGAGAACAUUUCUGAUGAUGAUGAUGAGGCCCAGGAGAUCAUGGAAGAGCAGAACUAUGUGGCUGUUUUGGGGGCAUGUGCUGAAGAUUCCUUGAGAAAUGGCCCCAGUGCAGGUGGUGGUAAAAUUUACUCGUUCCAGACUCCAAAACGUUCUGGCAAGAUGGCAGAGCUGGCCUCUGAACUAGCCCAGACACCAGGGAGGAAUGUAACGUUUGAUUCCUCUGAGUAUCCUGAGAAGCCAGCCUGCACCCCUCAAAGCAGCAAGAAGUACUCUGCUUCGAACAAACCCCAGCUGAAGAGUAAAAAGAAUGAAUUUGUGUCCACAACACCUUACAGACUCAGGAAGAGAUUGACAGCUCCAAGCUUGCGUUCAGACAGCGAGAGUGACUAUUCUGCUUCAUGCUCUGAGGAGGAGGAAGAGGACAAGGACCACAAAGAAACCUGUGAUGUCAUAUUGGGCCAAAAGACCCCAAGUAAAACUAGAGCAGCUCCUCCUUCCAAAAAAACACCAGCUAAGAAACUGAAGGAGGAAAUGACGAGCAACCUGGUAGAAGAAUACUUUGAGGCACACAGUAGUUCCAAAGUUCUAACCUCCGAUCGAACCCUUCAGAAGCUGCAGAAAAGAAAGCUGGAUCAGCAAACGCUGCUUGUCCUCCUGAACAAGGCUCCCUCUGCCUUCACUGCUGAACUGAAGGAACUAAACCAACAGCAUGAAUCCUUGUUUUCCAAAUGGAUGCUGCAGUUACACCUGGGGUUCAGUAUUGUGCUUUAUGGACUGGGCUCAAAGAGAGAUCUGUUGGAGAAGUUUCGUACCUCUCUGCUCCGGGAUUCUGUUCACCUGGUUGUCAAUGGCUUCUUCCCCAGCAUCACUGUGAGAUCAAUUCUGAACUCCAUAACAGAGGAGGUGCUGGAUCAUGUGGGGACUUUCCGCAGCCCUAUGGAUCAGUUAGACUUGAUCAUGAAAAGAUUUAAAGAAGAUUCUUCCUUGGAGCUCUAUCUCCUCAUCCAUAACCUGGACAGCAAGAUGUUGAGAGGAGACAAAAGCCAGCAAAUUCUUGCACAGUUAGCAUCCCUGCCCAACAUCCACCUCAUCGCCUCCAUUGAUCACAUCAAUGCUCCACUCAUGUGGGAUCAGGCAAAACAAAGCCUCUAUAACUGGCUCUGGUAUGAAACAACCACUUUUAGUCCCUACCUGGAAGAAACCUCCUAUGAGAACUCGCUCUUAGUGCAGCAAUCUGGGUCUCUGGCUCUGAGCUCCCUAACGCAUGUCUUGCACAGCCUCACCCCCAAUGCAAGAGGGAUUUUCAGACUGCUGGCCCAGUAUCAUCUGGAGAACAAGGAUAACCCAUCUUACCCAGGACUAUCUUUCCAAGACUUCUACCAGCGGUGUCGGGAGGCCUUUCUUGUGAACAGUGACCUGACUCUUCGGGCUCAGCUGACAGAAUUCAGGGACCACAAGCUCAUCCGGACCAAGCGGGGAACGGAUGGAGUGGAGUAUUUAUUAAUUCCUGUAGACAACGGGACCUUGACUGAUUUCUUAGAAAAAGAGGAUGAAGACAUGUGAAUCCUCUCAAAUCCCAAACCAUCUACACCAACUGCUAUCAAGGGAUGCUGGAGAGGGGUCUGAACUCGGAUCGCUCUCCCUUCGACCAUGGGCUACUGGACCACUUAAUGAAAUGUGACACUUUCCAAGUCUGGUGUUCUAAUUACUUGAGUAGUUCUGGGUAGAGUUUCAUAUGCAAGACAUAUCUUACUCUUGAGUUUAGAUUUGUAUUCUUUUAGUCUUCCAGCUCACGUGAUGCCUUUUUCAUAUCUAUGCAGCCACUUUUACAGACUAGGAAAACUAACUCUUCAGUAAGAUUGUGCCUUCUGCUCAUUACCUCUCUGCAGAGGAAGGUUUGGCUGGAGCAGUUCACUUGAGGAAUGCAAUGACUCCAUGCUCAGAGCUUUAUUUUGUACUAGAGUAGUAAUUUUUCACAGCUCAGUGCUUUCCAGUACUCCCCACAUUGGUCAAGCCGAUGGGCUCCUAGUGUGUGAAGUUGCUGAGAUUUUAGAAUGCCAAGUGAUCUACAUUGAGUAGUCAAGUCAGGUGGAGUGGAAUAAAAGUGGAACAUAAAAAACAAGGGGUUGGAAUGUUGUGGGUAACUUAUUAAACCUUCCCUCUUUGCUGAAAUGUUGACAGUAGAAUAGAGGAGCUUUCCCAAAAUCCGAAUCUUUUUACAAGGGGGAAUCUGUAUUGAAAAUUGUGACUGGGAAGGGCUCUAAAGUGACCUGUAAUGGGAGGGAAGGAAAAACAAUGUGACUUUUUCCUGCUUUAUGGUAUGUACAGAAGGCUAUAAAGUAUUUUUUUAAAAUCAGGGAUGUCCAAGUUGGCUUUCCUGGAGAACUUCUGGAGGUCCUGAAUAGAAGAUAAGUUCAACAAAGAUCACUUUUCUCCAUGGUAUUUUUUAGGUAUUUGCACUACAUUAAAAUUUAUUUUUUUAUGUUCCAACAGUCCGCAUAAGAAUAACGUCCAGUGUUGUUUCACCUGCAUGAUUUAUCUGUUCUAGUCUACCAGUUCUCCAGUAUCUAUAGUGCCUUCUAGGAAAACCAGAGACUCUAUCUGAAUUUCUAAUGUAGAAGAAAAAAUGUGGUUAAUAUGGGAGUGUAAGGGUACUUUGGCACCUUCUCCAUAUAUCAGAAAGAAAGAGGCACAGAUGUAAUUUUUUUUCCUUUGCAGGUCACGUUUAGGCUCUGCAGUUCUAUCACCUACAUAAAACGAUCUGCCAGUCAGACUUCAGGGACACUUGAACUUAUUGCCUAAUCUUGUGGCAAUCCAUCUUAUAAAUGACUGUUUUGAAUGACAGAUUGUUAAAUAAACUUUUAUUCAUGUUCUCUA